GAUUUAUCGUUUUAGAUGGUGGCUGAAUCCCAAAUUGUAAUUCGGAGAAGUUUGGAAAGGCUCUACUGCGCAUGUCUCGCAUUUGGAAAGGCUCUACUGCGCAUGUCCAGCAGCAGUUUCCAUAGCAACAGUGUCUCGUUACCUGCGCAUGACUGGUGUAGCUAGCAUAUUUCAAAAUAAACCGGAGCUCAUCUUAUCGUGCUACUGAAAUAAUGUCUCAUAUGAAAAAUCAUGUUUUUAUUUCAGCUUUAAAUAAAAAAGUAUAAAAUUCGGUCUAAUGGCUGAAAAGAGGCGCUCGGGGGUCGCUGCGGAGCCCAAAUCCGCCAAAGCCGAGAGCGACGAGGAGUUCCUGUGUCAGGCCGGAGUGAGCGCGCUGCUCCAAGGCACUCUGCUGAAACUGGUGGAGGCCCGACCGGAGGAUCCGAUAGCAUUUCUGGCUGAGCAUUUCACCAAUGAAGCGGCGGAGAUGGAGAUCGGCGGAGGAGGUGAUGGUGAUGGAGAAACAAAAUAUCAGCAAGCGCUGGAGGAGCAGCAGCUCAACAAGGCGCUCUGGCACCUCAGCUUAGCGCAUCACUCCCAGAGAUCUGCCUUCAGCAACAACAUCCGUGUGGCUUAUGAUCUGCUCAGCCAGUGUGGCUCCGCCCAGCAUCUACCUGGCGGCGUCCAGGGCCGACUCUACACCGAGAUGCUGCGCUGUGUGUGUAAUGACAGUGUACUGUCAGAGACAAUGGCUGCCCCACUCCUGCAUCACCUACAGUGCCGUGAUUAUGAGGUCGUAUCCUUUGAGCUCUUUCGGCAGGCGGUGCUUACGGUGGCAGCGUUCUCCGAGUACGUACGCAGAGGACGUUGCCUGUAUGCUGCUGUGGCACGCUCUCCCGAGCAACCUGCCAAGCGGGAACUGUGUGAUGCUGUCCUCAAGGCUCUGCGAGAGGCACUGGACACUUCACAUGGCCCUGAUGCCACACGUUACCUAGAGGCCAGUGCCAAGAUCUCGCCUGCUGAGUUGGCACGCGCCAUGGCUGAGACGCAAGGUACCAGCAGGGAGCAGGAAGGGCCGAGCAUGGACAUGCGUGAGUUUGAGGAUGCUGCUGCAGCACUUUUUAUCGCCAGAGUGCGAGUGGUAAACUGAAUUAGAACGCAUUAUUAGGACUGAGUUGCCAGUGAACAUAACAACUGCAUUUGAUCUGAAUGGUAUGACAUCAGAGUAGACGUGUAACUCCUGACAUUAAUCCAUGUUCUGUAUUCACUCUCCCUGCUUACAAAACACAUUUUACGAGGGAGAGUCAAAAAUUAUCUACACUCUGGCUGUAGAAUUUAUGUUAAUUAACUUUUAGAAAAGACAAAUUAUGUAAUUUUUUCAAUUCAUAAUCUCCUUGCUUUUCAAAUCACAUUCCCUGAAAGUGUUUCAGGCUGAGUUCUGAGCCACGAAUGCACCAUGUUCAUUUCUUCAUCAGAAGAGAAUCUUCGUUCUUGUAGGACUGCUUUCAGGGGACCAGUCAGGUGAAAGUCUGAUAGGGAAGAAUGUUUUAACACCUUAAAACCUCAGGUUUUUGCAGAGUGUCGACAAUGUGGGCAAAAGUAUGCAGACUUGCAUUGUCAUGCAAGAUCACAAUGCCCAUGAAUAGCAGUCCUCUGAGACUAAUUUGAAGUUUCCGCUUCAGCUCUUCAAUAAAUAUCUUACUGUAACGAGCACUUUUGAUUGUUAAACCUUUUUCCUGAUAAUGUUUGAAUUAUGGCCCUUGAGAAUCCCAGAAAACUGUUUGCAUUGAUGAAUUUUCCAGCUCAUGGUUGACUUAUGAACUUUUUCUUGGUUGGCGCUUCAGGAUGUUCCCGUUCAUACUCUGCUGUUUUCGCUCGUAGUUAUGAGUCCAUGUCUCGUCACCAGUAAUGAUUCUCUUAAGAAGCCUUCUUCCUUAGUGUAUAGGUCCACAUUUUGUUUGCAGAGAUCCAAACGCUUCUGCUUCUGCUCUUCUGUUUGUUGUUUCGCGACCAGGUACAUCCUCAGACCAUAAAAAAAUGACUGCAUGCUGCUCUACUUUCUUGCAAAUCACAAGUGAGGCAUCCAUUUUUGUACCGCAGUUACAGAUGAACUGAUGCAACAUGUUUAUACCUGCUCAGUAGUGACUGGGAAAAUAGUAACCUUGAAUGGAAAGAGCUGAUAUGACAGUAUGGGUCCAACAGAAGGUUUAAUAUAACCAGAGUGUGGAUAAGUUUUGAUUCACCCUCGUAUUUCAAACACUCAUCACAGCACCAGAUUCGUUAGUGAGAGGAAGUAGAAGGAGAAUAGCCAGACUGGUUUGAGUUAACGGGGUUCGAUUAUUUAAAUAAUGGUUAUGUUUAAAUGUUUACAACUAUGGUAAGUAGAAAAGCAUCAGAGAAUUUACAAGUACAACUUUGAUUAGCUGUAACAGUAGAAGACAACAAUCGGCUCCACUGUUGUCAGCUAAGAACAGGAAUCUGAGUCUCCUUUGGGUAAAGGGUCACAGAAACUGGACAACUUAAAAAAAGGAAACAUUACUUGGUCUUUAAUUUACUGUAGGCUUCCUGUCAGCUUACAUUCUCCACUGUCCUCCCAUCAACAAAACUGAUGAUAUGAUGGUGUUUAUGUGAUAUACUUUAUGACUUUUUUCAUCAAACAAACUCUUCAUCCAAAAUCGAAACACCUUCUCAACAGGGGUAUUCAGCAGCUCAGCAUCGCUAUGAUAUAACAGUGAACAAAAUAAAAUUAACUGAAUAAUAAAAAUGUUGAUGUCUGGUUAAUUUUUAUAGCUUAGUUUAUAGCUUAGUGUUCCGCACAGGGUCCGUGUGCAUGUUCUCCGGUCUCCUCCUACAGCCCAAAGACAUGCAGAUUAGCCCAACUGGCAUUCCCAAAUUACCCAUAGUCUGCGAAUAAGUUUAAUGUGUGUGCACUCUGUCCAGGGUGUACCCUGCCUCGUGCCCUGAGUCUCCUGGGAUAGGCUCCGCCCUUCCUCCGCACAUGUAGUCAAAAAAAACAAACAAACUUGGGAAUAAAUGUAUGCCUGUGUUUAUUUUGCCAAUGCAAUGAGAAUGUUUCAAUGUUAAUAUGUUCUUUUCAAUAAAAUAAAUUUUCAGCAUCUAAAACUGAAAGACUUCCAUAUCUCACUUUGAGUAAAGCUUCACUUUUAGUUCUUCUUCCAUGUUCACAUUUCUCACUCCGAACUUAAAUACUUACCCAUUACAAUUCUAUCAAACCAGUCUAUAUUAUGUAGGAAUAGAAAACAAAUUACACACAAUAGAUAAAGAUACUCAGCCUAUUUCCCUUUUAAAGAUCUUUCCCUAAUUUCACUAAAUGAGUUUAAAUGUUGAUUUUUCAGCUUAUCUAAUGGGAACUGCAAUUUGGGGAAGCUGAUCCAGAUCAGCGGUUGGAGAAACGACACCCGUUUAAUAGCUGAGACAACGGACAGGAAGUGAGAAGGAGAAGAAUCAAUUACCAUUGUGAGUUCCUUCAGUGGUUUGCUG